GUCAUUUCAGCCGUAAUAUCGUUACAGGGCAGCUACUUCUCUCGCCUGUUCACAGUUAAAAUCAUUACUUGUGUGUUUUGGUAUUUUUUCUGAAGGAAUUGUCUUUUUCUUGCACGGUUCUUAUUAUACAAAUGAUCUCAAAGAAUUCCGGUAUACAUCAAGGUUAAACGUGAUGUCGUCAACUUCCGCUUCCUGUCCGAUGAGAAACCGGUAAGGCGGUUGCCAUAGCAGCGUUUUCCAACACUCACGAGCACACCCACACACAGAAGAUGGAGUACGGCAAAUUCAGCCGUUUUCACGAUUCUCUAACACAGUUUAAAUGUUACGAGGAUUAUCUGGACUCAAAGGUCACGCCACUGGAUCUGUUUUACUUUAAAAAGGAGUUGGCCCUUAAGCUGGUGGAACACGGCCACAGGGGCACGGUCCUGAGCAGGGAGGAAUUUGAGGAGAGGAAAGCAGCUGUGCAGGCUGCAGAGGCUGCAAAGAGCAACGCUUUCUACGACAGGAACCGGCCAGUGACACUGGCAAGUGCAGGAAAAGAACUCAAAGAUAACUUCCUGAAAGCCCUGGCAGAGCGAGAGGAGGCCAACCGCAGUGGGAAAAUGACUUCGGUCAUUUUCAUAAGGGAUCAUAAUACUCUUGGACAGGAAGUAUCUGGCUAUAUAGACUACGCCCACAGACUCAAGACCCAAGAUUUUGAACCAUAUUUCAGUGGAAAGAAGAGGCUCAUGCCAGCACGCUCGGAUUUAUGCUACUACAACUGGGAGACGCAAGUGUCCACUUCCAACUCGAGCCCAAACUUUGAGGUGAUUUAUGACGACCCUAACGGCCUUCUCUUUAAGAACAAGAGGGACAAAAAGAUUCUGAAUUUGGACCCUUUGUCUGGUCCUGGCGAGGACUCCAACAGGACAUUCCUGCAGUCGGACAUCUACAUCCAUGUUGUCAUCUAUGACCACAACGUCAGGAUAGUCUAAGCUUCAGAGGCCGUCGCCAACACUUGCAUACAUAUGGCACAUAUUGGAGAGCACUGGAAGCCUCUAAUUUGACUGAGUUGCUGUAGUUGCACCAUCAUUUACAAACUGUUCCCCUCAUAUCAUGCAUGCCAUCUGGGUGGAGGUGUUGUAAUGGAGAAAAAAAGGCUUUAAACUGAGGAAUCCCAGAGGAUGAAGUCGAUGGACUCGUGUGACAACUUGGAAGUUUCUUUCUGGGGUUUUAUGUCUAACGUUGGCCUUAAAUUGUUCCAUCCAGGUUGACUGUGCUUUUGGCAGUUACCCAAGCAAGCAAAGUUAGUUAGGGGCAAGAACCUGCUCAGAGACCCCAGGCUCGUAUCAUCAUUUGGUCUGGCAUGUUUUGGGCUGUUUGUCUAAACAAAUUAAAGGCGUAAGAGCUUUGAAAGAUGAUGGGGGUUGCUUUCAUGUCCUCCCCCAGGCUGCGGUAGCUCCAAUUGGACUGGAAGAGUGGGUAAUGGGCUUAAAGCAUUCCGUAUGUUUCCAGAUGCAAGGCACACGUUACGGGACAUCAAAGUGCCCUAUCAUUUACAUAUUAGUCAUUCACUAUGACAUUUUUUAAUUAUUUUCUCAGAGGGCUUUUAGUAACGUGCUUCCCUUUAAUUUCUGGAUUAUUCGUUUUUUUGUAACAGUAUCUAAAUCUACAGGUUGAGUCUUUAUUUGUUCAUAAAUUUGUUUUCUGUACAUUCUGGUGACUCAAUCUGCACAUGUCCUGGGUUAUUGUUGUACACUUCUAACUAGAAAGUUCAGUAUCCUGUUUGAUUUUUUUCAUUUGUGUGUGUGUGUGUGUGUGUGUGUGUGUGUGUGUGUGUGUGUGUGUGUGUGUGUGGUUUUUUCAAAUUGUGAGUGAACCAUUCAAAUAUUUCUUUUUGCUAUAUCUGAGAUCCGCUUACUUGCUUUUGAGAUUUAGAUUAGCUUAGAUCUCAAUCACAUUAUCAGAUUUUCAUUGUAUGAUAAAUGUGUUUAGAAGAAUUCACAAUAAAGAUGCAUGUAGAACAUUUGGGGGGAAAUAGCAGUAAUGCUGCUUCUCAGACUUAUCUACCUCUGUUUAUUGUAUCGUUCACUGGGCGAGAUUUAGGGAGCACCCUGGACAGGUCAUCAGUCCGUCACAGGGCUAACAGAGGGACAGUCAACCGCACACUCUCACAUCCACACCUACAGCCAAUUUGGAGUCACCAAUUAACCUAACUAGCAAGUCUGAGGGUAGAAGAUUGUACCCAGAGGAUACCCGUGCAGGCACAGUGAUAUGCAAACUCCACACAGAGAGGCCUCAGCCAGCCAGGAGAUUCAGAUGUAAAUAAAUAAAUGGCUAGAGGUUAGGAUUGGGGUUUUAUGAGUGGCUGUUCUGAACCUGUAUCUGAACAUUUAUCUGCUGCACAGACGUGCAAGUGGUAUCAAUCUUUUCAUCUAAAUCAAAUAAGCUUAUUUCCUUAACUGCUGAGCCUUUAAGCUCACACUGUCACCUCCACAUUUAUCUCGCCUUUAUAUUAAUUUUCUCAUUACUAAUCUAUCAACUAUUUUUCCCAUGAAAGUCACAAGCUUCAAACAAAUUAGUU